GCACCAAGUGUCAGUCAAGGGAUGGCCGGCGCGAGGAGCGGGUGUCGGGACGGCCGUGUGCGGUAACGGUUGUAUUCGCCUAUCAUUAUUAUCACAAAAUUUCAAUCGCGAAGGAAUUACAUCUGUGGUCGAGUGAGGGUGCGGCACCCGUCCACGCCCCGCGAAGUGCCUGCCCUGCGCCGCGCCAAGCAGGGUGAUGACGCACAGAGGAAGAGGUGCGUUUAGCAGGCCCGUUUCGAGUUCCUGCUUGGUAAUGACACGUCCAGGAUACCUCCAUUCAAGACCCUCGGCGCCUCAGUCCCGCCAGCCCAGGCCCACGUGAGGAGCAGCCCCGCGCCGCCACCAUGCACCUCCAGGGAACCUUUUACAUCCUGAAGAAGAGGUGCAAGGUGACCCUGACGGAUGAGUGUAUCAGCUGGGUGCCUGAAGGAAGCCCGGAAUGUUACCGACGGAUACUGAUCUCAGAGGUGGUGGGGACGUGGCUCUGUCCGUGUGGGGCCUCACGCUGCCGCAUCCGCCCACACUCCCCCGCCCACAACCCAAUCCGCCCUGACCCAUCCCUUUCACCACCCACCACCACCACGACUCAUGCCGCCCUCGUGCCGCCCGCCCCCAGCCUCCCGACGUCCCUAGCCAAGCCGGGCGGGUCUGGGCUGACGCUGGAGUACUGUGAGCGAGGGGGCGGCCGCGGGGAGCCCAAGUGGAGGCCCCGAACUGUGGCUCUCAUGCACCCGGCCAGCGAGGUGGUGGUGGCGUGGCAUCAGGCCAUCAGGAGUCUGCUCAAUGGCCUUCGUCAGCGCCCCCGUCGUCUCCUGGUGGUGGUGAACCCGGCGGGCGGCAAGCGACAGGCCUCCAGCAUCUACAAGAGGAAGGUGUUACCGCUCUUCAGACGCGCAGAGGUGGAGGCGAGGGUGGUCAAGACUGAGUACCGGGGCCACGGGCAGGAGAUUGUGGAGAACGAGGUCAACUUAGAGGGCAUGGACGGCGUGGUGGCAGUGGGCGGCGACGGGCUCGUCAACGAGGUGGUGAUGGGCCUGCUGGUGGUGGCGUGCCGCAGGGCCGGCGUCAACCCUCACGACCCCGAGGUGCAGCUGCCCGCCACGCACCUCAGGCUGGGCAUCAUUCCUGGGGGCAGCACGGACGCGCUCUGCCACAGCACCCACGGCACCAGCGACGUGGUCACCGCCGCGCUGCAUAUCAUCAUGGGUGACAGCCGCCAAGUGGACGUGGCCGCCGUGCACCGCGACGGUCGGCUGCAGAACGUGGCCACCACCAUGGUGUCCUACGGCUACUUCGGGGACCUGCUCAGGACGUCCGAGAGGUGGCGGAAGCUGGGGCCGACGCGCUACCUGCUGUCCGGCGUGCUGCAGCUGCUCCGGAACAGGUUUUACGAGGGCCAGCUGAGGGUGCGGAUGCCCGCCGCGGCGCUGUCACAGCCCUACGACGUGAACACCUGCAGCGACCGAUGCAGCGUGUGCACCAAGGCGGCGGCGUGCACGCCCCGCCCCGGGGAGUGGCUGCAGUUCACAGGUCGCUGGAGCAUCGUGACGUCGGCAGUCACGUCCUGCGCGUGCCGCCUCACCCCCCACGGCGUGUCCCCCGCGGCGCACCUCGGGGACGGCUGCGCGGACCUCAUCCUGGUGGCCGGCAGGUCGCGGCGGCACACUCUCAGUUACCUCUUCCGCACCGCCUUCACGGGCAACGCGCUCAGCCUGCAGCACGUCACCUUCCACCGCGCCCAGGAGGUGGUGUUCACGCCCAAGGACAGCGCCCCCCAGUCUUCCUGGAACUGUGACGGCGAGAUGCUCACCGAACCCAGACUCAAGCUGAGGGUGCACUCCCAGCGUGUGGGGCUGUUCUGCAGAGGGGUGGAGACGCCCCCAGAGGACCCCAGCAAGACCCCGGCGUCCGCCAAGGGCGCCGCCGUGUAGCACCGCUCCCUGGCCCAGUGCUGGCCUCCGCGGUGGUGGCCGCCGGCAGGACUGGCCGCCAAGCUCAGUGUGGACCGGUGUCGUCCACGUUGGACCAUCCUAUAUCGAACCACGUACAUUCCACUUUAUAUAUUUGUCUAUACAAAUAGGUAGACAGAUGGUUACAUAGGGAUACGCUGUGUGAAUACAGCAAAUACAUAUAUAUUUUUUUGUUGCGUUGGGCGUGACGCGUGCUCGGGUGGCCGGUAACCCAACAUUCCCGGUGAGUGGUAGCCUGUCGCUGCUCACAGCCAAGUGUAAGCUGAUAGAGUGCAAUGGUCAGGCCGGUCUCGGGGCACUCAGGCAAGGCAGCUGCGUCGGGCCCCGCGUCAAGGUUGUCAGGGGGCCUCACACGUCUUAACUGUUGCAAGCAUGUCGAAUGAGCUCAAUGUUGCUGCCUUGAGCCCACCACUUGGAUGGACUGGCCCAGAUCCUGCUGUUACAUCGGACCUGCUCUCUCCAUCCCGCCCGCCCGCCUGCCCAACCGUCACGCGGCACAGAUGACUAUAUAAGCUGUUAUUUAUAUGUGUAUCGGCUUCAUGAAUGUGAUAUCUACGAGUACGUAUAGAAUAUAUUUUCAUUAUAUUCAGAUAAUGGGAAUCGACGAUGACAGGACCGCGCUACUCUCGGAUUAACACUCGUAUUAUCAAACGUUUCUGGCUCUUCUUACGAACGUUUUUCAAGGCCAGAAAGAAGCUACGUCGGGUUGUCACGAGUGUUUUACCCGUUCACGGCGCGGAAGCCUUGCAAAACUACCGCCAGGCCUAGGAAACCACCCAUGGGAUCCCCUACAGCUUCUGAGAGAGCCUUCUGAAAUAUAGUUGGAUUAAGAUUUCGUCAAGUUUGAUAAUAUGGACUGAUAUAAGGCUCCUUGACCUUGACCCCCACUACCCACCGUCAAACAAAUCUCUGGAGAAAUACCUACGAUUUCCAUGAGGUUAAGUUACCGGUUCGGGCGUGUUAAGCUGUGGAUGCGGUCCUGUUAUCUAGACUGUCCUCUGUAAACAUACACACACACACACACACACACCUGACAACACCUGGUAGUGUCUGGACCAAGGAAGAACCCGGCGGGACACACACACAUACACACACUCACACACUCAUUUGACGCUACACACUCUGCUGCACGCUGUUCUUCCCUUUGUACGGUACCUCCGAUGACGGAAACCUUGGCUUGCUGUAAGGGGCAGAAAAUGGCACUAAGCACACACUUCUUCAUCAACACUUCACUGUAAAGCCUCUUCCUCCUCGUAUCACGGUACCUCCAAUGACGUAAAAGUCGCAGAAAGUGACACUGUAAUCAUUAGUUACUUAACCCACCCACCACCGACACGUUUGAAAUAAAUGAAUAUGGAAAAUGC